AUGGUGACUCUCUACAACGCCUCCAUACCCAUGAUGAUCAAGUAUCUGGGAAAUCUCAAGGCCAUUCUCACCAAGGCCGAAGAACACAUCGCCGCCAAGAAUAUCCACCCAGAGGAGAUGAUCAAAUUUCGUCUUAUCGAAGAUAUGCGCAGUCUCGACUACCAAGUUCAGUCCUGCUGUAAUACGGCUAAAUUCAUCGCCUCUCGCCUCGCCGACCAGGAAAACGUCUUCUUUGAAGACGAUGAGACCACCUUCCCUCAACUUCAGUCUCGUGUUGACCGUACAGUCGAGAUACUGAAGGCCAUCCCAGCCGAGGCCAUGAACGGCAAGGAAGACGCAGAGGUCAUUCUUCCGUCCAAGAUGGGCAACUUUAGAUUUACGGGGUACUCCUAUAUCGUCCUUUACGCUUGUCCCAACUUCCACUUUCAUCUCUCAUCCGCCUAUUGCAUCCUCCGCCAUCUCAGUGUGCCUUUGGGUGCUUUCGACUACCUCGAUUCUCAGAGGGAUUUAUUUGUCCAGGCGUAG